AAAUAAAGUUGAUGUUCAUGUGAUAAAAAAAUGGAUAUAUUUGAAAACAGAAAAUAAAAUUCCACCACCUACCUAAUGUGAGAUUUUGAAUGGUACGCUUACCGAAGAGAAGACGAUCCAGUUCUUAUUCACUUCAUCGUUCUUCUUAUUCUACCGCUUUAAUCACUCACACCAAUAAUGGAAGCUGUUUGUCUCAAAUGUGGCGAUUUAGGUUUCAUAGAGGCGAUUGUUUUUUGCAACAAGUGUCAGGCUUGUGCUCUGCAUAGGUACUGUUUAGAUGGACCUGUGAUUUUUACUGAUGAUGUUAUAUGGUUUUGUGAGGAUUGUGAACCAAACCCAGUAGUAUCAUAUUCACUUAACCAAUCUACGCUUCUGUCAUCUAAAAAUACCAACUCUUCAAAUUUGGCCAACAAUGCAAUCCUAUCCCAGAGAAAACUGGAUUAUUGUGUAACGAGAUUGCAGAAAAGCCAACAACAGAAUAAAAAGAAGAAUGAAGAGAAGCAGAAGCAGAAGAAAGGAAAAGUUAACUCUGUCUUAGUUGCUGAAACAAAGGUCCUUUUAUCUGACAGUCGCUGCUCAACCGAGGUUGAGUAUCCUCAAUGUAAUAUCAACCAUGAACAAGAAAAUAAUUCUAAAAUUUAUUGUGGAACAGUUCCAACAGAUGCUGAAAACUCCAAUAUGGGUCCUAAAUCUGUUCAAAUCUCUCAAGUAACUGCCACUGAUGAUUUAAUAACAUUAGAUAUUCCUGUUGAUGCACAGCCUAUUUCCGAUCCAAUCUGGAGGGGAGAUUUGCUCUUCUGCAAUAAAACUAUUGGACUUCUGGCCCAUUUGUCCAGUUUGGCAUCCCCCAAAGUUCGGGAGGAGACAGAACUUUUCCCAGAAGUGCUUUCUGCUGAAUUGCCUCCCAGAUCUGCAGUGUGGCCUAAUAGCUUCAAGAAGGAAGGACCAACUGAUAAGAGCAUUGCGCUUUAUUUCUUUCCCAAGGACAAAAGAUUGUCUAUAAAGGCCUUUGACAUGCUGGUUGAUGAUAUCAUUCGCACUGAAGCUGCCAUAAGAGUUUUGACAAAAAAUGCAAUGCUUUUAAUGUUUCCUUCCACCUUGCUUCCAAUACAACAUCAGAAAUUUCAAACCAAGUAUUACUUGUGGGGUGUCUUCAAAAAAAAGCAAACUUCAAAAGAGAAAUGAUGCUGUAUGCCGAGAGAAUGCUGGUGUUUCCAAAAUAGUAGUUAUAGUUCUAAUGCAUAGUAUUCUUGUAGUAGUUAUAUGAUAUUUGCAUGAUGGGACAUUGGAACAAAUAGUUAACAUUGUUUAACCGUAUGAUAUGUGCAUGAUGGAACGUUGUUACAUAGA